CGCCUGCCUGACCCUUCUACCUGUUCUGACUUCCAGCCUGCCUUAUCCCCUUGUACUGUUUUGGACUCGGAUCUGGUUUCUGACCACUGCCUGGCCUGACCUCGAGACCGCCUAUCGCCUGGUACUGUUUGGACUCUGACCUGGUUUAUGAACUCUCGCCUGUCCCCAACCUGCCUUUGCCUACACCCUUUGUUGUAAUAAAAAUCGGAGCGCUGCCGUUUGCCUCCUGCGCCUGCAUUUGGGUCUCGCCUUGUGCCCUUAUAGCACUCAGAGGCCUUUUAGGGUGAGGAGACUAUAGCUUCAUCCUGUGUGAAUUGUAGAGCACAGAAACUCAUCACAGGCUUCUAUAGGAAGUGGGAGAGGAAACCCUUCUCUUUACCAACCACUAACUCAGAACACAUGUUUGAUCUGCCCUUUUCUCCUUUUUCUGAAACACUAGUAGGUCUUAUGCAAGUCUAAUGUAAUGUCUAGCUAGCUAUAUAUGAUUGCCUAUAAAACUGUCGUGCUCCGUGUUAUAUUUUUGGGUAUUGCACGACACGCAUCUACGUGAGCUUGCAUAGCUCAGUAUGAAAAUUUUUGCAACUGCUUAUGAAUGCACUGCAGCUUUUGUGCCGAAAUACCACGUUGCGUGGCGUGUGUGGUGUUUUGUGCAUGAAAGGGAAAAAGAGGGCGAGAGAGAGCAAAGAGUGAUUUCAUAUACUGUAUAAUGUUGUAACUGGGUCAAGCUGUAUGUGCAUUUAAUACAGACAAUACAUCAUGGUGCUGAAAUCUCUAUGCUGAACUGCUCAAAUAACUAUCCAAGGGAAUCUGGUUAAAGUGAAGUUGUUGUUUUUUUGACAGACUGCAUGACCCUGUGGCUGCUUGUCAUAUGACAUCACUCUGAGAGGACAAAGGCAGCUGCAUGGCCUGAAGUAAAAAACCAGAUCUGCAGGAUCUCAGCCAGUUUAGUCACUUUUGUUUUAUUACCUACGCCUAGGAAAGGAGGGGGGAGUGGGAGAGAAGGAAAUUUAGAAGGAAGAAUCAAGGUGGGGUUUGAGAGUUGGAGAAUACAAUCUCAUUGGAUUAAGAGUUCGGACAAGGGUAGGAAAGAGAGAUAAAGUGAGGAAAAGAGGGAGGAGUUGGUGAGAGAGGAAGAUUGAAAGAGAAAGAACAGGAGGGAGGGAAAGGGAGGGGCAGAAAUAGGCUCUGAAGAGCUUCAGUGUGUUUGUGCUCAGACAGCACAGGAAGUGGAGUGAGUGUUGGAGACGCAACCCUUUGCGUCAAAACUAUUUCACUGCCUUAUUUUUCCUCUUCUAAAUCUUCAUUCUCUGUGAGUUAUUUCGGUUUUUGCUGAGCGUGCGUGAAAACUCCUUGUCGACACCAUGGAUAACUUCCAGACCGUCCUGCGCUUUUUCAUGAACCAGAAGGCCACCAUUGGCUACAGCUUCAUGGCCCUCCUGACCAUCGGGGGAGAGCGGAUCUUUUCCAUGGUCUCCUUCCAGUGCCCUUGCAACCACGACCAGAACUUUGCAUACGGCCUGACCUUCCUGUUGGGCCCAGGCCUGGUGCUUCUGGUGCUGGGUCUUUUCUUCAGCAGCAGGCUGUGGCGCCUCUACACUGGCUGUUGCCUCAACCCCGUUAAGCUCUGCCCCGGUGGCAACUGUUUCACCUGCCUCAAGGUGUUUGUCAAAAUCUUCUUCGGUGCCUGUGUGGCCCCUAUCAUGUGGCUGUGUGUGGCACUGUUGAACGGGACCUUCUACGAGUGUGCCGUCAGCGGGCUGGAUAAUAACCUGGUGCUGGAUAUGUUCUGUAAGAACAGGACUUUGAUGUGCCGGGAGGAGCUGGCCCGUGUGCCCUGCAGCAAGUCCAAGCUGCCCAGCGACUUGAACAUGGAACUGUUGCUUAUGUUCCGGGCUCAGUCACAGAUACUGGGCUGGUGUAUCAUCAUCAUUUCAGCCGUUCUAGGGCUCCUCGGGACCUGCUACACCAACUGCCGCUCGAAAGUCAGCUACCUGCAGCUCACCUUCUGGAAGCACUACGUAGAAAAGGAGAAGGAGCAGUUCGACACAUUCUCUAUGGAGUACGCAUCCAAGCUGGCCGAGAGGAACCUGAAGAGCUUUUUUGAGAACCGUGAACCGGAAAUAUUCCCUUUCCCCAACCACAAGGCCUGGGAGGAGAUCUCAGCCCUCUACACCUUCUCCAAGAGUGAGCAGUACUACAGCACCCUGCAGAGGUAUGUGGAGCGUGAUGACCAGAGACUACUGCCCUGACAAAAGACCAGUCAUGGAGCUGGACCACGGCACAGAGAUGAGCUGAGAGAGCGGUGGAUAAUGGCAUAUAAAUGCAUAUCCAUAUUUCACGAACACUAGAUUGGGACAUUGUUUGACACUUUUUCUAUUGACAGUGUAUGAAUGAUAGUAUAUCCUAUUUGUUUUACCUUUUAUAAAUGACAUGCAGUAUAUACUAUAGGUUUAACUCACAGACUGAGGAGAGGCGUUGUUUCCUGCAUUUCCCCCAAAGCACUGAGAUCUACACAGAACACCAUUCAGAAGGUUACUACCAGUGACACAGCAGUUAUUACCAAAGAAUGCAGCCAUUGCAGAAGUGGUGAAACAGCAGGGCUUCUUGUCUGAUGUGGACAAGGAUGCAUGUUAAGAAUAUUUAUUUUCUGUAGAGGCUUCCUUCUUUUUACUCUGUCACUUAGGCUAGUAUUGUGGAGUAAAUACAAUGUUGUUGAUACAUCCUCAGUUUUAUCCUAUCACAGCCACAGUGACUGGGUGUAUUUCUACACCAUACAAAGUGUAAUUAACAACUUCACCAUGCUCAAAGGGAUAUUUGUCAUUAUUUUGUACCCAUCUAUCAAUAGGUGCCCUUCUUUGCGAGGCAUUGGGAAAUCUCCUUGGUGUUUGUGGUUGUAUCUGUGUUUGAAAUUCACUGCUCAACUGAGGGACCUUACAGAUAAUUGUGUGUGUGGGGAACAGAAAUGAGGAAGUCAUUAAAAAGUAUUGUUAAACUCUAUUAUUGCAUCUAUUAGUCCAUGCAACUUAUGUGACUUGUUUAAGUACAUUUUCACUCCUGAACUUAUUUAGGCUUUCCAUAACAAAGUGGUUGAAUAUUUAUUGACUCGAAGACAUUUCAGCUUUUCAUUUUGAAUUGAUUUGUAAAAAAUGUAAUAAAAACAUUAUUCCGCUUU